GAUGUGUGACCAGAUAUUGUGCAUCUGAAUCCUACACUAGACUACUGAUGCAGCGGGAGAGGGGAGGAGAGAGGAAGAGGGAGAGAGAGAGAGAGAGAGAGAGAGUGUGCGACCAAAAACGAUUUCUCUCCCACACGCACAGAGAGACAGAUCUCGCUGUCCUGCAGUGGAGUGCUGGUGGCUCUUCUGGAUUCUCUGUUUACUCUCUUCCACUGGGAGAAAGGUUAUCUGCAGCAGAAGCCUGGUGCAUCUCGUGGGCGUUCCUCGGAAAUUCAGACACCAUGUGAGCAGUGGUCCGUGACGACAUAAGAGGGGCAGAAUGCUUCUUCUGCGUGGGACUCUUGUGGUAUUCUCUCUCUUCAGCUCUGUCAGUGGGUUUUUCGGCGAAUAUGGGCCAAAACCGACGACCCAGACCAAGGCAGGCUCCAAAGGAUGGGGCAUGCCCAACUUUAAAACAUUGAAAUCUAACAUUCCAUUCUUUGAUUUGGGAUCACGACUUUUAUUCGGUGGCACUAAAGGGUCUGCUACUACAAAGGUGAGCACAGCUUUCCCAGAAGCAACCACACAAAACUAUACUCUUUCUUCGAAGGACUUAAACCCAAAAUACCAGCCGACCACAACCUCGUUUGAGGUACUUCAAAGCAGCACUGUCCAGACAGGCACCCUGCUGCCUUUAAAAUCAGCUAAAUUGCCACAGAAAGAUGGAACAGAACCUCCUAAACUUUUUCAAAGCUAUGAUCUUGAUCUUUGGCCCCCUAAUAAUGGCCAAAGCACAGCGAAAACCCCACAAACAAUGAUAUCUAAACCAGAAACCCAAGCAUACACUGUAACCACGGCUCAGAGUACCAGCACCACGCACACUACAACACUGAGACCGAUUACGGAAACCAUGACCGUUUACAGUGACCAAACUGUACCCACAGAUACUCCGUCAACAAUGUCAGAACUCACAACACAAGCGUACACUGUAUCCACUGCUCAGAAUACCAGCAUCAUGCAAACUAAAGCACUGAAACUGAUGACGGAAACCAUGAACACUUACAGUGACCAAACUAUAGCCAUAGACACUCAGGCAACAACGUCACAACUUACGAUACCUUCAUUCCAAACCACACAUUUCCUCACACCAGCAGAAUCAGAAGUAUCUACCCAACCUUUGACCACUGUUAACACUGGACAAAACACAACAAACAUGGCCUCGAAACUAGAACGGACACCUUUUAAAACCACUGACAAGGCUCUGGAUGGAGUUUCGUGGGUAGAGCAGACCACAAGCCCAUCAGAAAAGAGAAGAGUGCAAAGUGUUGGCCCAGAUCCUACUCCCUCCCUAUCAGCAGGAGGCUUCCCAUGGGAGGAAGGCGAUAAGGAAACGGGGAAGAGUGCUGAUCUGACAACACAAGAGCGACACGAUGAACUGACAACAUCAGCUAGCGUGACGACUCUCAGGAACACAGAAAUGGUCACCGCUACAUCUGAAGACUGGCUGACAGAUCUUACCCAAGAAUCUGCACUCCCUGACUGCAAUGCAGAACGUUCUGGAAUCUGCAGUUCUAGUGACACUUGGCCCACCACCACCACUGUCCUGAGCAACAGCAGCAAAAAUGACAGCACAACCACCCUCUCCACCAACCUCUCUCAAAGUCCCAACCCAUUUCCAGCCCCACCUAUGUUUGUGGUGCUAUAUUCUGAUUGGAACAGUGCCCUGGCGACAUGGGGUUCAGCGUGGGAAGCACACAUCUAUGGCCUGGGCACUGUGUUCUGUCUAGUCGCUUUGGCCUCCACACUGAACCUCCUGUGCCUGCCUCUACAGUACCCAUCAGGCUGUGGCUACUUCGCUCUGGUUAGUCUCUGUCUGGUGGCCGCUGGCUGCACUAGAGCCUUCGUUCUAGUGUACGACGCAUACGGAUACCAGGACCGCAUGGCAUCCACAGAGGCUUUACUCUUACUUUACGAGGCACCAUUUCCCUGCAUGACUGCCGCCUUUGGCCUAGUAUUCCUACUCCUGUCAAUGCGUUCUCGUAUGCAGCUGUCCUAUUCCGCCUUUCAGAGACCUUGUUUCCUGGCUUGCUUGGUGCUUCUGCACUUUGCUGCUGCCUUUGGCCCUGUUGCAUUACUCCAUGUUGAUCAGCAAGUCUACCUAUUUCUGUCCUUGAUCUCUAGAGGUGCCUUUGUGGCUCUGGCAACUUUCCUAUCAGCUGCAUAUUUUGUGUUCUACUGCUACGUUCGUGCUGACUCCAAGCAUAUUUAUCAUCUGAACAACACAUCACCAACACCAGCCGAACGCUACAACCGUUGCCCAUUUGCAGAGAGCCGAGACUGGGACCGGGCAGCAGCCGCAGUGUUACUCUGUGCUGUCUUCUCUCUGGCUUGUGCAGGGCUGCAACUCUACGCCAUGCUGCACGCUCUCGGAAUUGCUGGAAGCGCAGAGUCCUUUCGGCCUUGGCCGUGGUGGACUUUCCAGUUCAGCUGCCGAGUUUGUGAAGCAGUGAUCUGCCUCACACUGGUCCUGGUAGUUGCUCAGCCAGUUUACUGUUCUGAUCACCUUCCCCAGCCAGGAAGUUGCUGGACAGAACUGCUUGCAGCAAAGUCACCUAUAAUUCCUGGGAGCUACCAGUGGACUCUGUCACACCAGGAGAAGCUGGCCAUCUGUGAUCCAAUUGGGCAUGGAGAGACCGAGUGCCUACCCUUGUACACACUGGUGGAUGACCGUCUCAGCAGCUUGAAUGGCCUUGACCUUUUAUACCACAGCAACCGGGCUUUAGCCUAUCGUGACCUUGACCUCGACUUGCCCAACACUCAACCCAACACUGGUGCCCCUUCUGUGGGUUCAUCCUGUACCAGCGACUCCACAGCGGACCUGCGCCCUCCUUCGCCCAUAAAUCUGCGUCGAAGCAUUGAUGAAGCACUGUUUGGUGAAUCUCUAUUUCCCAUGAGUCUCUUCAGCCCCUUACGACCCUUCACCUCUAGUGACCGCUCACUGAAUGGUAGAGAGAUCAACUCCAGUGGUGCUCAAACCCUUACUCCUGAUCCAGGCCUAUAUCGAACAUCUUCAUGUGUGGAAGUGCUACCUAAAAAUCCCCUUGCUUCUCAAGCUCAACCAGAUGGUGCAUCGUUAGGUUUUCCUCCAUCCCCAUCUCCCUCACUAUCAUCUUCAACUUGCUGCUCAUCUCCAGAGCACUGGAGAGGCAGCUCCAGCUCCUGUUCCCUCUACAGACAGUCUCUGGGUGGCUCUUCUUUGGUUUUGUGCUCUAGUCCGGAAGGACACCAUCCACCACCCUCUACCCUCAGUGGGGGUUCCAGCCACACUGCCAGCUCUGGCCACCAAAGGGGAAGCUUACAGAGACCCUACAGAACAUUAAAGUCAGAGGAGAGUAUGGACCAGCAGUCAGAGUUUGACCAAUCUGUCCAAGAAGAAUUUAUCAGUGUAUGCAGACAGAUUGAUGCUCUGAGCAUCUGCAGUGAGACUAUUGACCUCUAGGGGCAGACCUCUUUCUUUCGGACAAAACAAAAUGAUGUAAUAUGAAGAAACCAAAAGUUUUAGAUAUAUGAUGAGCAGGUAAUGGACAGAUCAGGUGAUUCGGUGAGUCUGUUUGCCAGGGUGUCGAAACGCACUUGCUAUGUGUAGACAUACAGGUAAACAUUUUGUGGUCUAGAACUGUGCCAAAUGUUUCAUUUUGUAAGGGUUGGUUUGCUUCUGUCAGGUAAGUUCUCCAAAGAGAUGGGUUCUGAAGAAGUCAAUAUCCUUGUAAAGGUUUAAGAAGUGCCAGCAAUUGCCAGAAGCUUAGGCAGAUUUUGUACAAAAGUUCUUUGGUGAUUGAUACAUUUGUAAUUGUAAAACAUUUGUUUCAAAUUUUUCUCUAUAAUGCUAACAGUGACGUUUUGUAUGAAUUUGUGCAAAAUCACUUUUUGGUCUAUGUGAUUAAUACUGUAAGAGUGCGAACUACUGAUAACCAUAACCUUAAACAAAUACUAGGCAACAUAGCAUCAAAAAAAUAGUUUCAAAUUAAACACAAUAUAACCUUUCAAUCCAAUUUUGGAAACCCUUAGAAAAGUUAAUUUUGCUUCUGGUCUAGUUGCACAGUUAAUUCAAGUGUUGUUUUUUGCAACAAUGCAUUAUGAAGAUGAAAGACCCAAUAGUUUUAUCAGCUCCAAGGGAGAAAACUUCUCUUAAAGGUCCCGUUUUACGCGCUUUUUUGUAGCUUUGAUUGUGUUUACAAUGUGCAGUAUAACAUGUUCAUGUUUCGCGUGUAAAAAAAACACAGUAUUUUUCACACAAUUCACCUAUCUGUAUACUGCUCUUUUCACUGUCACAAAAACGGGCUGAUGACUUCCUUGUUCUAUGAAGCCUCUCCUUCAGAAAUACGUAACGGGUUCUGAUUGGGCCAGCGGUUCCUGUGUAGUGAUUCGACAGCAGCUGAGAGCAGGCUGCCCUCCUGGUAACACGAUUGGGCUAGAACGCACUUGCUGGAGAUGUGUUUAUAGUCACAGGAGCGUUUUUACUGACGAGAUGCGCAUGAAAACCGCAUUUGUUUUUUUGCACAGCCCUAUCAUCUAGUUAACAAAGCUAAACAGCGUUGCCCUUUGUGUAAUAAGUUACAGAAACUGUUAAACGCACCAACUUAAUAAAAUACACUUACCAGUUGUGGUCCAUAAACAACGCCUUCUCCAGACAAAGAGGGAACUGCUCCAUCUUUCAAGAAUAAUCUUUGUGCGAAUCCGGUAUUAAACUGGUUGAGAUUGAGAAAGAUGUCCUCAGCAAGCUGUCCUCAGCAAAAUGAGCUGCACAUAGUUUUACAUGUGCAUUAUAAUUUUCGGGAACCGAGUUAAACAUAAAUUGUAACCAUUAAACUCAAAGUAUAGCGUUCCUGGGAAGCCCAAACAAAGGUGAUUGGACUCAGAGAUUAAAAUAACAGCGUUUCAACGACAUGGCGACAAAAACAAACAGCUCUUCCUUCUUCUCCGUCGGAGCACAACAGGGCCACGCCCCCUGUUUGUGAAUUCAUGUAGGCGGAGGUUAGUCAAAAAAACUGUUUUAGUGGCGUCAUUCCUGCAGGAACUAGAGGGAUGUAGUCCAAACGGGUCGUUUUUUGUAGGCGAAUUCUGUUAAAUCAAAUAUCUCGCUUGGCAUUGAACUUUGAGCUUUAGCAUUUUACAGAUAUUAUUUAUACUCUAACAACAACAUUACACACUAACUAAAGUUUAAAACAUGGAAUCACGAAGAAGGGGACCUUUAAGACAAAAAGGAUUUAAGUAUUCUCGCAGCACACUCUGCUAAUAGCUAAAGUUCAGUCGUUCUGUAGCACUUAACGAAUUGAACUAUAGCCUGCCAUUUUUUUUCCUUUUCAUAGUGUAUAUUUGAUAUAUAACUACAAUUAAUCAUUUAUUUAUCUGCCAGAUCUUAUGUCAUGUUUUCAAAAUCUCUAUACACUGUUAUUCAAUACAUAUUAGUAUGAAGAAAAAUUACUUUGUACAUUUUAUAGCGUGCAUGUUCUGAAAACGUGUGAGAAACUGCUGAUACAUCUAAUGUUUGUCAUUAGAGGCUGUUGGAGAUUUGCAAUAAAUAUAUUGAAAACUGA